AUGAUGUACGAAAAGCCGCCUGCGGAGCAAACCUCACCGUGCUGCGGAGGCCAGGAUGGUGUUUCGCCGACAACCGUGCAGCAGCAGCAUUACGGGAAUGUGCUCACGCUGGAUCCAAUCCCAACUGCUGCUGGGGGGCCCUGGAUUACGGAGCAGGUGGUGGAGGUGCGGGUGCCUACGGUCGAGCAGCGGGUGCGAGAGGUCCCUCAAGUAGCUGUUAGAGAGAAAGUUGUUGAACAGAAGCAACACAUUUUUCAAGAAAAAAUUAAGUUUGUCCCCAAGUAUGAAACGGUAGAACGAGUACAUCAUGUUCCCAAGCCAAUCACCAAAGAAGUUAUCACAACUGUUCCUCAAGUGCAGGUCGUCGAACGCACAGUAGAGGUACCUACCACCAUCUACCAGGAGGUGGUGGUGCCAGUUCCAAAGCCGGUGGUGGAGGAGCGGAUUCGGGAGGUGCGCCGUCCGGUGUAUGUGGAAGAAGUGGUGGAGGUGCCGAGGGUAGUGCAGCAGCAGACAUGGGGGGACCGACCCCCUCUGAGGUUGGUGCGCUCCUCCACUGUCACAUCAAAGGGUGGUAUGGGGCCCCACAUCAUAAAAGGCGGCGCCAAACCUACGGGGCCGAUAGCUCGCCAGCUCUCAUGCCCUGUCGCGCCCGCUUCCCCUGGGGGUUCUGGUGGCGGUCUCCUCUCUGCUUGUUGCAGCAAGACAAGCCCUGAGCCAGAGGCGAAGCUGCUGUUUCAUACCAAACCCAGCAGCACCCUGCACACUUCGUAUCCCAUGCCGAUACGGUGGAGCACCACUCCGAUACAGCAGCAGCAACAGCAGCAAGGUUUUGUCAUCGAAGACGCGCUGCCACAAAUCGGGAGUAUAUAUACAGCACAGGAGCGGGAGGAAGCGCAGACAAAUAUCGCCUCCGAGUUGCAACUGUCUCCCCCAAAAGAAGGAGCAGACGCCCUUUCUGUUACUGUUCGCAUCGUCCCUCCCUACACGCCUUCCAGCAGCCCGCGGACCUUUAAAACUGUAUCCGCCUCGCGCCAGCUUCAGGAGCAGCAGAAACUGGAGGAGGAGCAGCGGCGGCUUAAGCAGGAGCAGCAGAAGUGGGAGGAGGAGCGGCAGCAGCAACAGCAGCAGCAGCAGCCGCCAGUUGUGGCAUCUCCGGAUCCGUGGAUUCGGACGAAGUUUGGAGAUAUGCCAUUUUCUGUCUUUGAGAAACUCAACAAUGAGGACUCGUUGAGCCCACGCCCCGGUGGUGCUGCUGGGUUUGGUGCUGGUUACAGCUUUGAGCAGCAGCAACAAAUGUACUUGGAGAUGCAAAGGCAGCAACAGGAAGCGGCGAUUGCAGAACAACGAAGACGUAUGCAAGAGGAAGAGGAGAGGCGUCUAGAGCUGCUGCGACUACAAGCUGAACGCGAACAACAGCGCAUGCUGGAGUUGCAGCAGCAGCAGCUGCAGCAGCAAGAAGAAGCCCGACGCCUAUAUGAGCAGCAGGAACGACAGCGGCUGCUGGAAUUGCAGCGUCUCGAGGAGCAGCGGCGGGAGGCGGAACAACGCAGGCAGCAGGAGUUGCAGGAACUGCAAGAGCAGCUGCAGCAGCAGCUUCAGCAACAGCUGCAGCUGCAGCGGGAGCAACAAGAGGCGGAGAUGCAGGCGCGGCUAGAGGAGGAGCGGCGCAGAAGGGAGGAGGAAAGGCAGGCGCUAAUAAGGGAACUGCAGGAAAAGAGGGAACACGAGGAGCGGCUGCAGCGGCAACAGCAGCAGAAACAGUUGGAGGAGCUGAUGCAGAUACAAGAGCGACAGAGACGAGAACAAGUCGAGAGACAGCAGCGGUUCCUACAGGAACAGGAAGAAGCACUAGCCAGUCUGCUGCAACAACAGCAGCAGCAGCAGAAGCAGCUGCAACAGGAGCUGGUAUCCCACCACGAAACGCUGCGGCAGCAGCAGGAGCUGCUGCGAGUGCAGCAGGAAGAAGCUCUUAAGCAGCUGCAGCAAGACCACCUGCGGCAACAGCAGCGCUUUGCUGCCGAGGCCCAGAGAAAAGCUGAGGUGUUGUGCAGCCAGGACGCCCCUCCAGAGGAGUAUACCUGGGUGCGGACAGCGGGCCACUUCGCUAACGGGUACCCGCCGGAGCAGCAGUUGCAGCUGCAGGCUGAGUUCAUGUUUGCAAAUUUUCAAUCGGGUACGCCAGAGCCGUUGAUUGAGACAAGAUUUGGUCUCAUGCCCUACUCUGAGUUUAUCGCUUAUAACCAGGCAGAUGCCCUCAAGACUGGCAACCAGGCUACCUGCAUACCCAUGAUGGAGACGAGCACCCACUCGGGGACGAGUCCUCGAGGCAGCGUACGGGUGUGGGAGACGGAAACAGGUGCUCCAGUGUCUCCUACCGCUGCAGUGCCUCCUCCUACUUACGCGCCUCCCCCCACAACAUAUACAGUGAACUCAUACCCGCCGCUGCUGCCUGUGCAGCAGUACCUGUAUCCAGCUGUUUCUCCAACGGCGGCGUACUGGGCGCCGGAGACACCACCACCUAGCCCUUGUUUCUUCGCCACAGGAGGAGGAGGAGCAGGAGGUGCAGGAGGAGACGCAGACGCUCUCAAGGCAGAGGCUCAGCGCAUCAGCAAAGAUGCAUUUGCUGUGGGGACUCAGGUGUAUGGAGGGGUUAAGAGUGCUGUUGCAUCAGAGACAACACAGGGCCUCUUCCGCUCUGUGGGAGAUAUGGUGGCUGGGGCCUACGAGAAGCUGCGAGGAGCAGCUAUGUAG